GAUCAUAUAUGUGUUUUGAGUGGGGGUACAGAGUUGAAAACACAUUAAUAUUAAUAGGUGAUAAAUCCAGAUAAAAGUAAGAGAGUAUUGUCAAAGAAGUCAAAAGGUUUCAGAUAACUGAAAGAACAUCAUUCGUUUACGGUUCAGUUCAAGAAAAAGUGCUUCGUUUAACACCAUGACCAAGUUUUCGUAUUUUAGUUUUCCUAUUGUGUUAGUUCUUGUUUAUACAGCAUCAGGGAAUCCAUUAUUAGAAAAUAAUGUAGACUCCAACGUCAUUGCAUCUAAUUCUGGUUUUGCGGAUGAAUUGAAUAAAUGUGUCUAUAAAUCGGAUGUUACCGAAAUUGCGGGAUGUGCUACAGAAAGAAUUGUAAGGUCUUUAGACAAGCUUUCUGCUCAACAGAACUUGGAGAUUUUACCUGGUGUUGCAUUAUUGGGUGAUGGCACAUCAAACUUCCGAGCAGGAAAAGAACUGAACCAAGAACUUGAAGAAGCCAAACAAGACGAAUCUUCUAUGCUUCAUUUAAUCGGCAAGCAUGUCGGUAGAUUUUUUGCCGGAAGAACCUUAAAAGUAAAGCUUCCUGAUACUGAAACCAUCAGCAGAGCUUUAGUAGAAGGUCGCAAGAAGAUGAACAAGAACAAAAACAUGAUGGGUAUGGGUGCAAUGGGCAUUGGAGCUGCUCUCGCUGCUUUAGCUCCUUUAUUCUUAGGAAAGAUCGCCUUGAUUACCGCCAAAGCUUUAAUAGUAGGGAAGAUCGCUUUGGUACUUUCUGCAAUUCUUCUGGUCCAGAUGUUUACAGGCAACAAAGGCAACCAGGGAAGUAGCGAUUCUUCUGCCUGGGCUUCGGCACCCGUCUACAGAGAACCAGCUCCGUCAUAUGGAGCUCCUUCCUCAUCAUAUGGAGCACCCUCUUCAGCUUAUGGAGCACCUUCGCCCCAGUAUCCAUACUCAAGAUCGUUCGACGUGAGCAAUGAAAAUGUGAAGUACAGUCAAGAGCUAGCUUAUGCUGCCCAGAAGUAAAUAAUUGUUGAUAGAUAGUAUUUAAAAUUGUUAAUUUAUUUAUUUAUUAUUUAUUUGUGUAAAAUAUAUUUUGUGAAUACAUAAAAUUGGAAGUUUUAGUAACUUUUCCCCAAAAAUAUCUUUAAUUUUAUUAAGAUCAUUAAUCAUAUUUCUAUUCUACAUUUAUUUUAGUUU